UGAUUGUCUCUGCAAACUGCCCCGGGGCGGGGGUCUUACAAUUUAUCUUGGGCUGAACGUGAGGCUUGGCUCACUUCUUGAGACAUCCGAGACAAUUACUCCGCAAUCCUAUUUAGGAUUUAAUCGAGUAAAUCCAUUUAAUCGGGACAGGAGUAAAUAGCUACGGAACUCCGUCGUAUUUACUUCCGAAUAAGCUAUUAGGACCGUGUGUUUGGGAAGCUGAGGGCUGAGUCUCAGUUCAAGAAUUUUAAUGCACAGUACAAGGCGCUUAGCUUGAUGUAUUAACACAGGACUGACAACUUGAAAUAUUAGCAUAGGACUCCAGUAUACUUCUUUCUCCUCCAUGUUUCGCCCUCUAAUCCACAGGAGCUCCAUUUCUCGUCAGAUGAUUUAAUAUCUUUUGGCCAAAAACUGACUCAGAGAUAUGGUGAGGAAGUGAAGUGUACGAGUAGAUCAGUUAGCGCAGAAUGUGGAGCAAGGAAUUUAGAAAAGAAACUUAAAAGGUAGACGUUCCCCCUGCUUUAGCCUGACAGCAUUUUAAGAAAAUCCACAAUGAAUUCUGAAUCAAAAAAGCAGUUGAAUGUCGUCGUCUUAGGCACAGCCUUUAUGUUUAUGUUCACAGCUUUCCAAACAUGUGGGAAUAUUGCGCAAACUGUCAUCACAAAUUUAAACCACACAGAUUUUCAUGGCAGUGCUUAUACAAGCAUGGCUGUUAUUUAUGGAGUCUUCUCAGCAUCUAAUCUUAUUUCACCUUCGGUGGUUGCCAUCAUAGGGCCACAAUUGUCUAUGUUUAUUAGUGGCAUCUUUUAUAGUAUAUAUAUUGCCAUUUUUAUCCAGCCUCUUACUUGGACAUUCUACACAGCCUCUGUUUUGCUUGGGAUAGCAGCUGCUGUACUGUGGACUGCCCAGGGAAACUGCCUGACCAUAAAUUCCAAUGAAAAUACAAUUGGCAGAAACAGUGGCAUCUUCUGGGCAUUAUUGCAGUCCAGCUUGUUUUUUGGAAAUCUCUAUAUAUACUUUGCCUGGCAAGGGAAAAGCCAUAUAUCAGAUAGUGACCGCAGGACUGUCUUUAUUGCUCUGACAGUAAUCAGCCUCGUGGGCACCGUUCUGUUUUUUCUCAUUCGAACUCGAGAGGAGUCAGAUUCAGAGGAAGUAGAAACCUCGGCAUCUGCUGAUAAUAUUGUAGAACACACGUCUGGACAAAGCAAAAUUACAAAGGCAGUGGAUGCAUUUAAAAGAUCUAUUAAGCUCUGUGGAACGAAAGAGAUUUUGCUGCUUAGCAUCACAAUGGCCUAUACAGGUCUGGAGUUAACAUUCUUCUCCGGAGUGUAUGGGACCUGUAUAGGUGCUGUAAAUAAAUUUGGCACAGAAGAAAAAAGUCUGAUUGGACUCUCUGGUAUUUUCAUUGGCAUUGGAGAAAUACUAGGUGGAGGAGUCUUUGGCCUCAUAAGCAAGAGCAACCAAUUUGGCAGGAACCCAGUGGUGAUGCUAGGCAUUGUGGUCCAUUUCAUAGCUUUCUAUUUGAUUUUCUACAACAUGCCAAAUGAUGCCCCCAUUGCCUCCAUAAGUGGGACAGACAGCAUAGCAUACAUGGAACCAAGCAAAGAAGUUGCGAUUUUUUGCAGUUUCUUACUCGGCUUAGGUGAUAGUUGCUUCAACACUCAGCUCCUCAGUAUUUUGGGGUUCCUGUACUCGGAAGAUAGCGCCCCUGCCUUUGCCAUUUUUAAAUUUAUCCAGUCUGUCUGUGCAGCCAUAGCUUAUUUCUACAGCAACUACCUGCUUCUUCAAUGGCAGCUUCUGAUUAUGGUUGUGGUUGGCUUCUUUGGGACUAUUUCCUUCUUCACAGUGGAGUGGGACGCCCCAGCCUUUGUUGCCAAGAGCACAGAUUACAGCAGCAUUUGACGGAGGCAUUUUCAUCAGCCUGGAACAAUAUUCACAUGGAAAUAUACACACACACACCCUUAUUGAAAAGACUUGAUGACAUUUUCAAUUCCAGAAGCAUGAAUUAAAGAACUCUGUAGUGUAAUGGAGAACAACCAUAACAAGACAUGGAAAUACUAAACACCAAAGUUUUAAAAAGUUUGUUUUCUUAUAUGAAUAAACCAGUGGUGAUGGAAAUCAUGUGUGAAAGAGGGACCUGGCAAUCAAGGCACUGAGACAUUCUUUUUAAGAUUUGCACUUGCUGAGUGCCUGCAUCUCAUCCAUUAUCGGCAUUUUACCAUUGUCCUUUUUAAUUACAUUUCUGUUUUCUUUUAACUUGUCUUUACCUGAAGCCUUUUAAACAGUUGUCUUGUCAGAAUUUUACCUGUGCAUGAGUGAAUAUUUUCCAUUAGGCACACUACAACACACUGUAUUUCUGGAAGACCAGUUCACUUUCUGGAUUUGUGUGGUAAUUCAUAGAAGGGAUUCUAAUGCUUUUGUUUUUAAUUUUCACAUUCUAUUUUCUUCUAAUAUGUCUACUUUAUAAUGUGAACUAGCAUCAGUUUAUAAAAAGUGAAUAUAUAUUAUGGGAUAACAGCAUAAGGGAAUUAAAUGUCUUUGUACAAAAUAUUUUGCUAAAUUUGUUUAAUUAGAGGCAAAAAUUAUUAAGGUUCAGAGGCCCAAUAGUCCCCAUAUCUCUUCCUAUGUGCCCUGAGACCUUUUAUCUUUUCUCAGGAUCAAGUUUAUAGUGAUGUUUGCUGCUAUAAGACUGUGUAGGAAAUGCACUCUUGAGACAUUACUAUAAUGAUCCCACAAAUAUUUGAAUAACUUGGUGGUUUCAGUGAGCCCAGUUUGAUUUGUCACAUGCAUAAAAGUACAUGGGUACACGAAUAAAAGCAAGAUUAAGGAAUGUG